UUCCGGCCUUCCUCUAGCUGCCAUCUUGCGUCCCCGCGUGUGUUCUCCUAAUUUCAGUUGGUCUACCCGAGACCUCCUGAGCGCCAGCCCUAGUCCCCCGCGCUGCCCCAUAACCGCUCCGACAAGAUGAAAGAAACUAUCAUGAACCAGGAAAAACUCGCCAAACUGCAGGCACAAGUGCGCAUUGGUGGAAAAGGGACUGCUCGCAGGAAGAAGAAGGUGGUUCAUAGAACAGCUACAGCAGAUGAUAAAAAACUUCAAUUCUCAUUAAAGAAGUUAGGGGUAAACAAUAUCUCUGGUAUUGAAGAGGUGAAUAUGUUUACAAACCAAGGAACAGUGAUUCACUUCAACAACCCAAAAGUUCAGGCAUCUCUGGCAGCAAACACUUUCACCAUUACAGGCCAUGCUGAGACAAAACAGCUGACAGAAAUGCUACCCAGUAUCUUGAACCAGCUCGGUGCAGACAGUCUGACUAGUUUAAGGAGACUGGCUGAAGCUCUGCCCAAACAAUCUGUGGAUGGAAAAGCACCACUUGCUACUGGAGAGGAUGAUGAUGAUGAAGUUCCAGAUCUUGUGGAGAAUUUUGAUGAGGCUUCUAAGAAUGAGUCAAACUGAAUUGAGUCAGCUUCUGAAGAAGAUAAAACUUGG